AUGACUCGACUUUCGGUCACAUCAAUUUUUCUCGCGGCCUUGAGUCUCAUUAAUCAAAUCGUAGCAGAUUGCUCGAAGUAUACACCGGCAUUUCCCUCUCCAGACUAUUCACAGAAAAGUCCUGAAUUAUUGGAGGCAUUCAACGACAUAUCUAAUACGCUGAGCAACCUGAUUAGCAAGCCAGUCUAUAAUGCAUCAUCCUACUCAAUUGAGAUAACCUCUACAGAUUCCACAUUAUGGUCUACACACCACACUGCACAGGACAAGAAUGUUUCGCGGCCUGGUGCCGAGGAAGUCAAUGGAGAGAGCGCUUAUCGUAUUGCAAGCAUUACGAAGACAUUUACCGUUCUUGGUCUCCUAUAUCAAGAUGUCGCAGGGAAUCUCAGCCUUGAUGAUACGGUCGAUACCUAUAUCUCCGACCUCCGUGGUCACCAAAGGGGUAGUAUACCCUGGAAGGAUAUAACUCUUCGAACCCUUGCCAGUCAGCUGAGCGGGAUUCCUAGAGAUUUCGCACAAGGAGACCUCUUCAUCGAGAUCCCAGAUGCAACUCAGUACGGCUUCCCACCAGUCUCAGAUGCAGGUCUGCCGACAUGUGACUCGUAUGCGAAUUAUACUCCAUGCACGGCAAAAGACUUCACAGACUUCCUCAGGUCCGCAAAUCCAUUGUUCGCGCCCAACCAGAAGUCCACAUAUUCGAAUCUGGCCUUCGACCUCCUUGGUCUUGUGCUCGCCAAUGUCACUGGACUCAGCUACGAGGAUUAUAUCCGUACGGCUAUCCUAGAGCCCUUAGGAAUGAAAGGCUCCUCAUUCAUUCCACCACCAGACGAGUUUGCGGUCCUACCAAAAGGCGAAGCAUGGUAUUGGGAUGUGGAUGAAGGAGUGCAGAAUCCAACUGGGGGCUUAUUCGCGACUUCUAGUGACCUGUCUACGUACCUCCGAUACAUUCUUACACACUUUAACGGGAUCACGCCGAAAUUGAACUGGUUCCACCCAGCCUCAUUCACCGAGGGCGUCAACUCUUUUUAUGGCGUGCCGUGGGAGAUUUUCCGAACGGAGAAGAUCUUGUCGAGGACCGGCCGCCCAGUGACCUUUAUCACCAAAGGCGGUGGUCUACCAGGCUACAUAACCAACAUCAUACUGGUACCCGAAUAUUCCUUGGGGAUCACUGUCCUUACAGCAGGCGACACUGCACUGAUGUCCAAACUUCGCGAGAUCAUCACGACCAAACUCAUCCGUGCCACGGACAAGCUCGCCCAGCGACAAGCCUACGAAAAAUAUGUCGGGACCUAUGCUGCACCCCACAUCAACACUACUCUCACUGUCUCUCUCUCACCCUAUCAAGGCCUUUAUGUCUCAGAAUUCAUCUCCAACGGCACCGAUACAUUCUCCGCGCUCCUCGCUUUUUUCGCAGACCGCGGAGCCAACGACAUCACGGUACAGUUGUUUCCUACGCUGCUAUAUCGCGACGAGAAGAACAAGAGGGGGGAACUUUUCCGCGCCGUCCUUGAUGUAGUUCCACGGCACUCAGGUGGUCCGCCCAGCGUGUGGGACGACUUUUGCGUAACCAAUGUGGAUCUUCUUAUGUAUGCUGGCAAACCUGUAGGGGAAGUUGUCUUCUGGAAUACCGAUGAUGGAGGCUACAGGUUCGACAGGGUUGAGAUGUCGGCCUUUCGUGUGUGGCUUGAUCGUGUUGGUAAUGACAAGCACGAGGCUGAUUCGAGUGAGGGGCUGUCAAUCCAGGAACUUUAA